AUGCUUCUUUGGAUGUUGUUGUGAACUCUUGUAUGAAUGCUAGUAUAAAUGUUGGUAUAAAUGUUGAUAUGAUUUCUGAUAUAAAUAUUGGUGUGGUUGCUAAUAUAAAUAUUGGUGUAGAAAAUGAAGGUUAG